GGGGAUGUCGUGCGUCCGCCCUCACGAAUAGUUCAAUGCACCUAACCAUUAAAAUUAAAAAGCGUCACUGUUGUUUUGUUUUGUGUAUCUGUGUUUAACAUAAUAAGUAAUCUGUAACGGAUGACGUAAUAUAGAUAAUGUGGUCAUCCGUGGAGAGCGGUGUGGAAGCGUCGCGGGCUGCGCCGUGCGCUCGCGGCAAGCACUCCGCGACGCUCCUGGGGGGGUACGUGUACGUGCUUGGCGGGAGGGGCGCGGGGGGAGCGGUACCGCUGAGAGAUUUCUGGAGAUACUGCCUGGCCACAGGACGAUGGGAGCGGCUAGAAGCACGUGGUGAGCCGCCCCCCGCGCUACAGGAACACACUGCUACAGCUCAUGAAGGUCGCCUGUACGUGUUUGGUGGAGAAGCUGGUGCCCUGUCCAAUGAGACGCCGCUUUGGAUUUAUGAUACGGAGCUGCAACUAUGGCGGAAGCUAGCUGGUCAGACAAGCAGCAACUACUCCACACUGCGGCGGCGCAGCGCCCGCGAGGCUCGCAUCGGAACCGGCCCACGGGGACGACGGGGACAUUCUGCGCAUGCGCUGAAGGACUGCCUGCUUAUAUACGGGGGGUAUAAGGACUUGCGGGGCUCCACUAAUGAGCUGUGGGCGUUUCAUUAUGAAUCGGAGUGGUGGCAGCAGGUGCGCACUUGUGGCGCGGGCCCGGCGCGGCACCGGCACGCGGCCGCGCUGCACGACGCGCGCCUCUACGUGCACGGCGGCCAGUGCGACCUGCGGGACUGCGCCGACCUGUGGCACUACGACACCAUAUCCCGUGUAUGGACGCAAGUGCGCACGCCCGCGAAGAGCUCCCCUCAGGCCCGCAGCGGGCACGCGGGGCUGCGCGCGGGGGCACAUCUGUACAUCUUCGGCGGGGAGGCGGGGGGCAGCCCCACUAACGAACUGUGGCGGUUCCACUUUGCAACAGAAACCUGGGAGCGAAUCAUUCACUCCCUCAAAUGGCCCUCCCCCCGCGUGGACUGCCGCGCACUCCUCAUCAGCUCCCCUUGUUCUAAAUCCCGUGCCCCCCUCCCCCCACCACCUCGAGCCGAACCCCCUGCAGGCUUCCUCAGAGAGAUCUCCAAACUCUCCUCCUUCCACAUCCGCAGAGCUGCUAGAUGCUCCUAUAGCGUACUUGGUGAUCAGGAUUCCACUGAAAGCCUCAUUAGAGAAUCCACGUCUUUGUCCAAAUCCCGCUCCGCUUAUAUCAUCGAUGAGCGCCAACCAGCAGAUGGGGAUGAAAGCCCGAAAGAAGGAACUGUCCCGGAACAGUGCAUAGUGUCCAGGGAACCGAUUUCUGUUCCGGAUUUCGCUGACAUGGUUCUUCCAACGCCGGUUCUAUCGCCCAUUGAAGUUACGAAGCUAGUCUACUUGGAUUCAGAGGAAGAAGAAGAUUUGAAACUUAAAAGAAUAGAAAAAACGACCGUCCUGCCAAAAUCUGCGUCCGUUAAAUUCACCAAAAUACCUGUGACUGAUAAAAAUGAUGACGAAGGGGAGUUAUCGACGUCCGAUUACGCAAGCGCAGAGAAAGUUAACCGUCCGAACAGAGCGUCUUUGGGUUUCAGCAACCCGCACUAUUUGGGGCCCGAUAUCAGGAACUUGGGGUCCGCUAUGACCCCAGAUUCUGGGGUAGGUGGGGGAGAUAUAGAGUUGCAGGAUAUGAGCGAAAGAAGAUCUAGAAGUGAACCCAGGAAUGGGGAAUCUCAGCUAUACUUGCUUCUCGUGGGGGGAAAAGAGCCCCCACACAGGGCUCUAUUGCAAAGUCCCCUUUCCAUGUGGACGUAUCGCCUGUUGUGAAUGUAGUAUUAUCUAGUAUUUUAUUUUACGAUAUAAUGUUUUUGGAUUGGACUCGGAUUCUUUAAAAAAUGAAAAGUUUAAAGAGAAUUUCUGAUAAUAUAACCUCUGGGAUAAAUAGAUAGAUCCACGAUAGAUCCAUCUUAAAAUCCGAUGUCAAAAAAAAUAAACUUAACUCACAAAGUACUCAUCAAGCAGUAUUUUUGCAGAUCUUAUGAAAGCAGUAUUUUCUAGCAGUAUCAUUGAUAUCCGAAGAAAUAGACUUGUUAAAUUUUGAGGUAAAUAUGGGUAAAUGCAAUAGAUUUUCAACUAUUUUCAUACAACAUUGACGUUUUUUAUGUUAAUAAUUGUAAUAUUGAGACAUUAUUUAGUUGUUUUUAUUGUGUACAUCAGUUAUUUUAUUAUUAAGUACAAUAUUAUUAUUCCUCUUUAUUUUUACAUUCCUGUUUGUUUCAUGAUCUGUUUUGUAAGUAAGUAAACAGUUCUGAAGAAAAAAUAAUACUCAUUAUUUUUAAUUUGUGUUUUAAACUAACAAUAAACCUCGUACCUAAGUGUAAUUUUUAUUUAGUUAAUUAGGUAAAAUAUUCGCAGCUAUUUUACUGGUUUACUGCAAGUGGCAUUUUGAUAUUUUUUUAAAUAUUAUUUUGAAUUUAAUUUCCGAACCGAGACCGACAUAACCUAUUCCCGCGUUUUGUUUUCAAACGUAUAAUCAAUUUAAAAAUGCAACAUAUUAGAUUUGUAUAGUCUGUUGUUGUUUCAUAAAAAGCCCGUAUUUUCAAUACAGUAUUAUCAAUUAUGAAUGUAUACCAUUAUUUUCAUGAGUAGACUUAUUAACUGUUUUACUAAGUAUAAGUACAUACAAUGGACCUAAAAAAAUAUUAUUAGGUCCAUGUAGUUAAUAUUGUUUCCUUCUUCUGUACCUAUUACUGACUGCAAUUAAUUAGGUAUUAUUUUUACAGCAGCGUCCUAGAUAAUGGUAAAUUGUGCCAAUAGAUGUUGUUUUUAUAUGUAUUUUAUUUUAUACAUGACUGUAAUCUUUACUAUCGUUAAUUAAGUGCAAUACAUACCUACUUUUAUUAUUUGUAAAUACAAUUUUGUGUAAUGUCUGUUAUUAUUAGAAAUUAUAAUUAUGUAUAUUUAGUUGUUUAUGUAUCAGUUGACGUGUUUUAAUUUAAAUUUGUUUUGAUCUAACAUAGGCCUACUGACAAUUUAUUAAGCCAAUUUGAUUCCAAUGUGACUUGUGAGACAAUGUUA